UACUUUUAAUUUUCAUUUUCAAGCUUUCCUUACAGGAGCAAGAUCUUCUUCACUUCGCUGUCAGAAUCCAAACCCAAAAGAAGACAUAAGGAGAAGAAGAAGGAAAAAAAAGAAAAAACGAGAACAAAAGUACCUCUUAGUUUCAGCUACAAUAAUCUCUCUCUCUCUCUCUCUCUCUCUCUCUGCCUUGCUUCUUCAAAGUUCACAUUUUGAGCAAAGAACUGAAAGCUCUACCACAGAAAAAUAAAAGAAAAAGCCUUUUCCUUUUUGUGUUUUUAGCAGACACUGAUUCUUUCAAGUGUUGAGGCUUUCUUAUAUGAUUUCCCAUGUGGUGAGAAAUCUACUUGGUGCCAUAUGAAUCUUAUGCAGAUAACAAUCUGAACAUGGAUAAAGUAUCUCCGGAUUGUCCAUACCCAGGGUGCUUUUUCUGUGUCAUGAAGGAAGGAAAUCCCAGUAAGCGCAGAGCCAGUAUUCUGAAAUUCUUUAGAGAUCUUCCUUCACAAGAUGAUGAUGGUCAAGUUCUACCUAUCAGUGGCCUUUGGAAUACUGCCAUGGCACAUCCUAAUGAUCCUGAAUUCAUUGAGUUGGGGAUCUUUGAGUGCAUGGCUGCACUAAUAUGGAAGGGUCUCAAAAAUCGCCGCUGGCUUUCUCAUGACCAAAACAUAUAUAUUCCUUAUUAUGCCGCACAUAUUAUUGGAUCCUACACCAUGAACAUCGAAGAGUUCGCUGAAACUGCUGUGCAUGCUAGUGUAAUUCCUCCCUUGGUUGAGCUUUUGAGAGGGAGGUUGACUUGGGUUGAACAAAGAGUGGCAGUGCGAGCUCUAGGACACUUGGCUACAUAUACAAGCACUUUUCCUGCUGUAGCAAGUCAUGGAGAAAUUCUUGAGGUCUCCAUUCAGCUGGCAAUAAGUUCACUGGAAAUAGUUUACUCUCACUUUUAUCAAUAUGUUGAUAGGAGGCUAAGUUAUCACUGUGAUUUGCUUACUCGUGGUAUGGGUGGUGUUGAAAUGGAGUCAAGGAAGGCUGAAGAAUGGGCCAGUCAGCUGCAAUGUUGGUCCCUUCAACUCAUUAAUUGCUUUGCUUUUAAGCCUGAGUUUCUUCCCACCAUAUGCAAACCUGAAUUUCUUGUAAAACUACCAGGAAUGUGGGGUGGACUUGUUAAUGAAAACUCACCAGCUGGUAUUGGUUUGUUAAGAACCAUCUGUCAUCAUAAGCUUGGUAGGGGACCUGUUGCUAGCUGUCCUGGCAUUAUCGAAGCUUUGUGUAAUAUUGCUCGCUCAUCAGAUGAUUGGCAGUAUAUGGCUAUUGAUUGUCUUCUUUGGUUGCUUCAAGAUCCAAGCACAUGUCUUAAGGUGAUAGAUAAGGCAGUACCUGCUCUAGUAGACCUUGCAGAGAUUACAACUCUGGGUGAUCACAAAAAGCUUGGAGAUUCCAUUGUUAAUGUUCUUCAGGAAUGUAUUCAAUCUCAAGGGACAGGACGCAGCUCUCUCAGUAACCGCACAAAAGAACUGAUAGAAGAACUGUUGAGUUCAAGGCAGAGAUUGAAGUGGGAAAAGAAUAUGCCAAAGGAGGAUCUCCAUAUAAAACAGGCUGCUGCUCUAGUGGUCAAGCUUGAAGGAAACUCUCUUUUCUCAUCAGGAAAUAUAUCUGGAGCUGCAUCAAAAUACUCAGAAGCACUAUCAUUGUGUCCAAUGAGAUCCAAGAAAGAGAGAGUUGUUCUCUACAGUAAUCGAGCUCAGUGUCAUCUUCUAUUGCAGCAACCAUCGGCAGCCAUUAGUGAUGCUUCACGUGCAUUAUGUCUUCACAACCCACUUAAUCGUCAUGCCAAAAGCCUAUGGAGAAGAGCUCAGGCUUAUGACAUGCUCGGUUUAGCUAAAGAGAGCUUGCUAGACGCCAUUCUCUUCAUAAACGAAUGCUCCCAGUCAAAUGACCCUGAUCUUUCAGUGAGGCAAAAUAAGGUUCCUGACUAUGCCGAACGGCUAGUCAAGAAGCAGAUGCGUGCAGCUUGGUUAUUUAGAGAGGCAGCUAUCAAACUGGGGGGUGUGCAUUGUGAGGGUGAUGCAGGUGACAUGUAUGGCCAGGAUACUGAUGACUCUGAAUGGGAGACAGCUAGUGAAAGUGAUAUUGGAAAUGAUGGAAGGGAUGAAAUGGGUGACGAUGAUGAUGAUGAUAGCGAAUGGAAGAAUGAAGAUGAGAGGAAAGAUAAAUAUGAAAAACCCUCAAUGAAAGACAUAAAGCACGGAUUCAAUGUGCAGCUCACUGAUGAACCAUGAGUGUUAUGAUGAAGGACAAACAGCUUGGAUGUAGCCGUCCAGUGAACAAAAGCUACCAUGAUUUGGCAUCUGUUAUCUCAUACACUGAAGCUAUAGCCUAGUUGCGCUUAAAGUUGCUCUCAUGUCUGGCUUAGUUUUAGAAGAAGCAAGUUAGAAGGAAAAGUUGUCUUUUGUCAUUGUGUUUGGAGGUAAAACUUGUUUUACAAACAUUUCAUAUUUGUUUUAUUUUUUUUUUAUUCUGAUUUGUUCUUGUUAAUUUCAACUGUAGAAAAGUGACAAUAGAUUUUGAGUGUAGAGAACCAUUUUGUCUGGAGGGGUUUGAAGCUUUGAGUGAUCUCAAGAUCCUUGUGUAUAUAAAACCCUUAAGGGUUUUUGACACUGAACUAUCAUAUUUAAAUGAUAAUUGUGAUCUCUUAUGAUGGUUCAA